AUGUCGUUCAUAGAUGACGAAAAAUUCAAUAUUCUUUCCCAAGAUCUUCUGGUGUAUAUAACACAACUUGAGGAAGCUUUUAACAGCAUUGGUGAAUCGGAAGAAAAAAAAAUUAUACAGGAAUGGUUGUUUAUGAUACUCGAAAAUCUCCACGACGACAUGGACGAGGCUCGUAUCCGGAAUAUGGCCCUGGGCCAAAUGCUAAUGGAUAUCGAGAACAACAAACUGCGGACUCCAUUUAACGAGAGACCGUCCUGUCGAUCUUACACCGAACUCGUCGAAUAUUUGAAGUCCGUGUUGAAUCAAGACGCGUCCUUGGAAGACGGCGACGAUAAUGAAGAACCCGAGAACCGGGAGAUGGACGUUGCCGAAUUUGACAAUUUGAUGUCUGCUGAUAAUCGGACCUACGUAGCUAUCCGCACUUUACCGAAUGGCGGUGGCGUGUUCGGUUACAUAGCUAUUUCGAUGGGCGAUGGUAAGGAUACACAAUGGUUAAAUAGUAAUGGUAAACCGAUACCUACACCGGUGCCGUAUAAUUUGCGCGUGGAACAAGUAAAAUCGGAUGCCCAGAAAGAAUCGAUGUCCGAGGAGUCGGAUGCUAAACAGGUGUGGAAUGUUUUGAACAGGAGGCAAUCGAUAUGUCUGAGAAACGAAUUUUACGAUUUCUAUAAAACGCUGUACGAAGAUGUCCAACAAGAAAUGGUGGCUGAAGCGAAUACAUGUGUAGUCAGAAAUUGCGCUCAUCCGUUUAUCGAUAAGUUACUGGAAUAUCUCGUGAUCGACUUGAAAGCUAUCGGUGUGAGUAGUCUCGAAGUAUUCAAUAAAAUCAACUUGCUUUCCAGAUUGAAAAAACUAAUCAAAUCUGUAAUAUGUCAGAUAGAAAAACGGACUGACAAUUUGGAAACAGCAGUGAAAGUCUCAACAAUUUCGCCUAUGGAAUUAUUACCACCAAAAUGUUGUUAUAGCUUUAUAUCUUCUUCUCUUUGGAAUGAAUUACAUCAACAACGACCAGGGACCAAGUAUAUGAAUAUAUUGUCAUAUCAGUAUCCUCAAUAUUUCUUACCAAAAUAUUUUUCAGUGUUAAUACAACAAAAGAAAAAUGUAUUAUACACUAUCUCUAAGAAAUAUUGUAAGAUAUUGGAUGAAAUGUUCGAUGAUUUGGGAGCUUCAAUUAUGUCAAACAUGAUGAAGUACAAAGACGCACAUUGGGAAUGGCAUUUGGCCCAAGAAGUUAUCGAUGUUUACAACAAAGAAAAGACUUUUAAAGAUAGUUUGUGUGCGGUUGAAAGUUCUGUCGAUGAAUCGACAGAAUCAUUUUUGUCAGUUCUUUUAAACGAGAUUGACAUGUCUCAGCAAAAAUUAAAAAGAAAAAAAAAUAACCAACUGGUAGAUCAAUUAUUCAAAAUUAAAAAUGAAAUAUUGGACAAGGAACGAAUGUAUACAAGAGUGAUGAUCGAGUUUGAAGAACAAAUAGAUAAAUUGAAAAAACAAAUCAAUGUCGAAAAACGGGAUAUAGUGAUUAGAGAAAACACUAUUGCAGAGCUUCAAAGGAAACGCAAAGAACUAUUGAAAUAA